GACGAUGCGCGCCUCUCCUGCCGGUCUCCUGCUGCUCGCCCUUGCCCUCAUCUGCGGUCAGUCCGCUUCUCUCUCAUUGCCUUCUCUCUCAUUGCCUUCUCUCUCAUUGCCUUCUCUCUCAUUGCCUUCUCCCUCAUUUUCUUCUCCUUGACAUACCGCUCUCAUACCUCCUCUCUGCCCUCCCAUACCUCCUCUCUGCCCUCCCAUACCUCCUCUCUGCCCUCUCAUACCUCCUCUCCUCUCUUCUCCGCACACCCUCUCCCUUGUCCUCUGCAGCAGCUCACUUGAUGAAAGCAGCGUAUGGGGACGACACAGUGACAAGCAUCACUCACCGCAUGGCCCACCGUAGCAUGCUAAAGGACUCGCAUGCAUCUGGGCAAGAGAAGGUUCCAGAAGGUGACUCCAUGGGGGAAUCAGCGCUCAGCAAGGUCACUGCGAGGGUUCUGCUGGAUACCCCCACUUCCGGCACCCCCGUUGACAGCACCGGCACCCCCGUUGACAGCUUCGGCACCCCAGACAGCACUGGCGGCGGCAACCUCGCUGACGGUGGCGGCAGCCUCUUUGAUAGCAAUCCCAGCCCCGCUCGCAGCAUCCUGAAUCUGGGCUCGGAACUGCAGUUCGCCACAACCGUGGCUGUCGGCAAGGCUCGGCUGAGCUUCGGCAGCCAGCGCUGCGUGAACGUGCCGAAGAAGGCACGGGGGAAGGGCGCGCAGGUGUGGUGGAACGGCUGCGAAGGCUCGGGCGGCGCAGGUUCGAGCAGCGCGGCAGCAGGUUUCGCGUGCUCGCAGGUCAAGUUUUUUGGGAAGGACGGCUGUCAGGGCGCCGCGCUUGAUAAGAUGGUCAACCCGGGGGCUGCUGCAGCUAAGUUCCCCAGCAACAAGAAGACGCUCCGCAAGUGGGCGUCCGUGACCUCUGUUCUUUGCACAGAUGCUCCCUGUGACGCGUUGGGCUGUGAGCCGGUUGGCAAAUGCGUGGUGGAUGAGAGCGGCGAGCGCUACUGCCAGUGGGACUCACCCUGUGGCGCCUGCCCCUCUGGAGCCACCUGCAAGACAGUACCUGCAACUAAUAACGACUCACCCUGUGGCGCCUGCCCUACUGGAGCCACCUGCAAGACCGUGCCUGCAACCAACAACGUUCCCCUCUUGCCCCACUCUCUCACUCCCCUCUCGCCCCACUCCCUCACUCCCCUCUUGCCCCGCUCUCUCCUCUCCCCCACUCGCCCCACUGUUUGCUUCACCAUUCUCGCUUUGUUAAGCCAACCUGCCACCGUUACCGCAUACAGCGCCACGUUCAUCGUGAAUCGAAACGCGGAUGACAACUCCUCUCGGCCCUACACCUUCCGCCUCAACCUGAACGGCUGCACUCAAUACCCGGACGCAGUAGCUGGGAGAUUCACCGCAGCGUAUAUUGUUGACAAUAUUGAUGACGCUCCAAGGUGCCCCUCCUUCAAUCUCUACUCGACGGAUAACUGUGAAGACGACAGGGAUUAUCAGGACAAGUCAGAAUCUAGUGACCCUUUUGCUGCAGGAUAUGCUCU